AUGGAGCUACACAUCCUACUGGGUGUACCUACGAAGAAUAUACAAAACCAAUAGGUGUGUACACUUGUGACUUUACAAAUGCAACCUUUCCAGUGGCGCUAGGAUCCUUUUCAAGUCCAAAUCCACAAAGACUGAAAAUAACUUUUUUCAAUGGUAAUUUGGUAAGUUCAAGCGUUUUCUCAGGAUUUGGUGCAUAUGAUGUUUCAACGUUUGAUACAAACUACAAAGCUUCUCUCGAGAUUUUCUGCGCAACAGGAGGAACACUUGGGCUUGCUACAAACUCGUUUACCGAUAUGACAUACAUUCAAGAAUUAAGGCUAACCGGCUGCAAUCUAAACAACGGAAUCCCAGCAAAUGUAUUCAAUGGAAUGCAGUUGGAUUAUCUUCAAAUCGACAGAGGGAUCAUCGCCUCAACUGAUGCAUCAAGUCUUGCUGGUCUAACGAUCAAAAAACUGGCCAACGUUCCAAAUCCAAUUGGAGGUUUUACAAUUCAAAAUGCCCAAUUGACCACCGGGGACUUGGCCACCAAUUUCUUCUCGCCCCUCACCACCGUUGUAUCCAUCACAGUGGACAAUGCAAACCUUGUCAAUCUCACCAGUGGAAUGUUUUCCUCCAAUACCGCUGUACAGACAAUCAACCUUUCACGGAACAAAUUUACCAAGGUUUCCUUCGACUUGUUCAGUGGUUUGACUUCUCUCAGUUCCAUUAAUAUGUCGGAGAUCAGCUGGGACUGCACCUGUAACGAUCUCUGGUUCCAGCAUUCACUUUCUUCAAAUUAUAUUAACUUAUAUGGAAAUAUCUUGUGCAUGUCACCCACAAGUUUUCAGUAUAUGAAAUGGACCCAAUACUACUUCAAUGUGUGCGAAAAGAAGGAUUUCUGCUUUGGAAUACCAGGUGUUGUAUCCAAUAUCUUUUGCUACACGUGGCAUCAGAUUUUAUUCUACUUCCUGCUGAUGAUCGGUUUCACCGUGUCCGCCAUAGCUGUUUUCAUCGUUGUUAAUGUUCGACGGAAAAUGAUGCAGAUUAUUCGUGAAAUCGAGGCCAAGAAGAAAAAAGCUUAUCGCAAGGUCAAAGAGGCGCUUGUCCGUGGGAGAGAUGGACAGCACGCUCCGGCAUCUACUGCCAUGUAUGGUAUGAAGGAGAGGAAAUGGAUUGAUACAAACGUUCCUUAG